UUCUCCCAGAUGAGGCGAUCAGAGCCCAAGGUGCCCCACAUGUUGCCUGACACCCAGAAAUGGGUGGAGCGCGGUGCUGCAGUGGUGGGAGGAGACUGUGAACCGCAGCAGGCCUUGGGGAGUGCUGUUAAGGAGGCAGGAGGACCUGGGUGGCGUGGGUUGGGAGCCCGUGAGCCUGGGUUUAGCCCCAACACUCAGCGGCCAUGAGACCGCCCAGUUCCCAUGUGUGCUGGGCCUGUCUCCUCACCAGCUCGAGCCCCCCUCACCGUGGGUGGAGACGACGUGAGUUAGUCUCGGAACAGUGCCAGCUCGCAGCUCACACCCACCAGUAACGUCUAGACCCCAGGCGGGGGCCACAGCAGCUCCCCAAGGGGCCAAGCUCUGUAGAGGAUGGAUGGGCAUCACCCGAGACAAGGCCCAUGCCUGGGCAGGGCAGGGCCACAGGCCAGUCCUCAGCUUCACAGGAUGGGGCCACAGGUGCCCGCAGCCCCUCCUGCCCUCUGGGUCCUGGGGUGCCUUGCCCUGCUCCUCUUGCUGUGGGCGCUGUGCGCAGCCUGCCGCAGGAAGCAGACACAGAGGCAGCAGGCCCGCCUGCAGGGCAGUGUGAUGCGGGCUGAAGUGUCACUGCUGAGACGACCCCACCUCUGCUCCCUCAGCAAGUCGGACACCAGACUGCAUGAGCUGCACGGGGGCCCUCGUGGCAGCAGAGCCCUGCGGCCUGCCAGCAUGGAUUUCCUGCGCCCACAAUGGCUGGAGGAGUCCAGAGGCACCAUCAGGCCUCCAGCAGCCUUCUCACACCGGGAGCUGCCCCAAGCACCCUCCAUCAGCCCCGAGGCCACCUAUUCCAACGUGGGGCUGGCUUCGAUUCCCAGGGCCAGCCUGGCAGCCAACCCUGUGGUGUGGGCAGGGGCACGACUGACCAGCAGCUGUGCCAGGCCUGGGCCUGAGGUCAGACCCGUGGUGGCUGAGUAUGGUUGCAUCCAGAAGCUCCAGGGAACAGGUCCAGGCCCCCAAGCCCUGGAGCAGAGGAAGGCCCAGGUGAUCCCAGCUGCUGAGGUGGACAUCCUGUACUCCAAGGUUAACAAGCCUAAAAGGAGGAGCCCAGGACCUGUCAUAGACCAGCCGGACCCCAAGGGCAGGGGUGCGAUUCUGGUUCUGGGGAGUGACCGGGCCUAUGAGGCCCUCCCACUGAGGGGCCGAGGCGUGGACAACAGCCUUCUGGAAAACGUGUAUGAAAGCAUCCAGGAGAUGGGGGCCCCUGAGCGCCUGAAGCCGCCCAGCUCUGGCUAUUAGCACGAGUGGACACGUGCAGGGCACACAGGCCCCUGGCUGCCUGCCCCAGCCCGUGGAGGGCUCUCCAAUUGCUCCCUGCCCCGAGCACCAAGCGCAAAUGUUCCUUCCUCCACCCGCCCCACAGCCCACAGCACAAGUUCCAGAUCCCAGGGCUGCCAGCCUGAGGGCCCCGGGGCCUUGGCUGCGUGGCCUCUCCGGGCCAGCGUCUCAAUAAAUCCCCUGCGCGGAGGAGGAACGCA